CUGCCUUAAGGGUCCUGGUGGCUCUGCUGCAGCCUCUGUCGCGCUGUGACCUGCACUGGCCGUGGGGGACGUAGGAAGGACUCAGGGGACCCAGGAGCACUAGAAAUGGACUCAGUGGCCAUUGAGGACGUGACUGUGAACUUCACCCCAGAGGAGUGGGCUUUACUGCAUCCUUCACAAAAGAAAGUCUACAGAGAUGUGAUGUGGGAAACCUUCAGGCACCUGGCCUCAGUAGGAAUAACGUGGGAAGAUUUUGAUAUUGAAGAUCAGUACAAAGACCAGGGGAGAAAAGUAAGAAAGCAUAUGGUAGGGAGACUCUGUGAAAGUGAAGAUGGUAGUCAGUGUGGAGAAAACUUCAGCCUUCUUCCAAACCUCAGUCUGAACAAGAAAACUACAGUAGGAGCUAAACCGUGGGGAUGCAGUGCAUGUGGAAGAGUCUUCACGCAUCAUUCAUCCCUUAAAACGCACAUUAGGUGUCACAGUGAACGUAAAACAUAUGAUUAUCAAAAAUAUGGAGAGAACCCAUAUAAAUGUAAGGAAUGUGGGAAAGCCUUCACUUAUCUCACUUUACUUCGAGUUCAUGAAAGAACUCAUACUGGAGAGAAACCCUAUGAAUGUAAAAAAUGCAGUAAAGCAUUCAGACGUUCCAGUCAUCUUCGAGUUCAUGAAAGAACUCAUACUGGAGAGAAACCCUAUGAAUGUAAAAAAUGCAAUAAAGCAUUCACACGUUCCUGUUCUCUUCAAAGACAUGAAAGACUUCAUACUGGAGAGAAACCGUAUGAAUGUAAAAAAUGCAGUAAAGCUUUCGCACGUUCCUGUCAUCUUCGAGUUCAUGAAAGAACUCAUACUGGAGAGAAACCCUAUGAAUGUAAAAAAUGUAGUAAAGCGUUUACUACUUCCAGGUAUCUUGGACUCCAUGAAAAAAUUCACACUGGAGAGAAACCCUAUGAAUGUAAGAAAUGCAGUACAGCAUUCACUUAUUCCAGUAAUCUUCAAAAUCAUGAAAGAAUUCAUACUGGAGAGAAACCCUAUGAAUGUAAGAAAUGCAGUAAAGCAUUCACUUGUUCCAGUUCUCUUCAAGUUCAUGAAAGAACUCAUACUGGAGAGAAACCCUAUCAAUGUAAAAAAUGCAGUAAAGCAUUCGCUUCUUCCAGUUCUCUUCGACUUCAUGAAACAACUCAUACUGGAGAGAAACCCUAUGAAUGUAAAAAAUGCAGUAAAGCUUUCGCACGUUCCCGUUCUCUUCAAAGACAUGAAAGACUUCAUACUGGAGAGAAACCCUAUGAAUGUAAAAAAUGCAGUAAAACAUUCACUUCUUCCAGUUAUCUUCAACUUCAUGAAAGAGCUCAUACUGGAGAGAAACCCUAUGAAUGUAAAAAAUGCAGUAAAGCAUUCACUUGUUCCAGUUAUCUUCGACUUCAUGAAAGAAUUCAUACUGGAGAGAAACCCUAUGAAUGUAAAAAAUGCAGUAAAGCAUUCAAAUAUUCCAGUUCUCUUCGAGUCCAUGCAAGAAUUCACACUGGAGAAAAACCCUUUGAAUGUAAAAUAUGUGGUAAAGCCUUCAUUUCUACCAGUUCUCUUUCAAAACAUGAAACAACGCACACAGGAGUGAAACCUUACAAAUGUAAAAAAUGCAGUAAAGCAUUCGCUUCUUCCAGUUAUCUUCAACUUCAUGAAAGAGCUCAUACUGGAGAGAAACCCUAUGAAUGUGAAAAAUGCAGUAAAGCAUUCAUUUGUUUCAGUUAUCUUCGAGUUCAUGAAAUAAGUCACACUUGA